AUGGAGAAAAUUACGAAGAAAUACCCUUAUCUACGCGGGCUUCCGAUCGAGUCAUAUGAAAAUGCCGAGCCGGGUAUUCUAAUAGGAGCCAAUUGUUGGAAACUUGCGGUGCCUAUCAAAACUCGUGAGGGACACUGGCUUGAGCCGAUCGCCACUAAGUGUCGCUUAGGUUGGACCUUGCAGGGAGGUACUACUAACCACUUUGACUCACAACUAUUGAAUAUUCACAUAUGUGACUGCGAAAAGAAAUACGAAAUCCUACACGAAGAGAUCAAGGAGUACUUCAGCCUAGAGAUGCCGCAAAAAAGAGAGCUCAUGUCCCCACAAGACUGUAGAGCGUUGCAAAUUCUAAAUUCAACGUGUGAAAAAAGAGAGGGCCGCUAUGAAGUGGGGUUAUUGUGGAAGCAUGACGACGCAAAGUUACCAGCUAGUUACGACAAUGCCCUUAAACGCUUCAGAUGUAUGCAGAAAAAGUUAGCUAAGGACUCCAAUUUGCAACGUGACAUGCAUAAGCAAAUAGACAACUUAAUUAGUAAAGGUUACGCAAGAAGGUUAACUGCAGACGAAGUAAAUAGAUCAUCCGACCACGAGUGGUACCUGCCGAUAUUUAUCACACUAAACCCCAACAAACCCGGCAAGUUGCGCCUUGUGUGGGACGCUGCGGCCAAAUCUGAUGGAGCCGCUCUUAACGAUUUCCUUCUGUGCGGGCCAGAUCUACUCAAUUCGCUAGUCUUCGUAUUACUGGCUUUUAGAACUGGGCAGUUUGCUAUUUGUGGAGACAUUGCCGAAAUGUUCCACCAGAUUCGCGUAAGAGAAAUGGACAUGCACGCUCAGAGGUUCUUGUGGCACGAGAACUGUGAGGAGUUACAUAACCCUCACAUCUACGUUAUGCAAGCGCUUACCUUCGGAACCAGCUGCGCACCUUGCAUUGCUCACUUUGUUCGAGAUGUAAAUGCAGAGCAAUACAAGCGAACAUCACCGCGAGCGGUAGAAGCAAUACAAAAGCAUCAUUACGUAGAUGACUUCAUCGACAGCGUCGAUACCGAAGAAGAAGCACUGGAACUGGCUCUGCAAGUGAAAGCAAUUCACGCUCAAGCUGGAUUCAACAUUCGUAACUGGGCAUCUAACUCAUCAGCUGUUCUGAGGCAACUUCCAGGGGAGUCCGUCGAAGAUCAAACUCCUAAGGACUUAAGCAAUGCAGAAAAAAUAUUAGAUGCCGGCGAGUAUGCUUACGCGGCAAUUUGCUAUAUGCGAGUGAAAAACCAAAACGAAGUCAACACUAUCAUCGUGGCCGCUAAGUCAAAAGUAGCACCGCUAAAGCCCGUAUCUAUCCCGAGGCUCGAACUACAAGCUGCAGUGACUGGCGUAAGAUUGGCGAACAAUGUGAUGAAGGCACUACAAGUUCCGAUUCAUGCUCGAUUCUGGAGGUCAGACUCAAAGACCGUGCUCAAAUGGCUCCGCAUGGAUCCGAGAAAUUUCAAACAGUAUGUAAUGCAUCGCGUGGGCGAGGUAUUGGAGGCGACCAACGCCACUGACUGGAAUUGGGUUCCCUCAAAACUUAACCCUGCUGACUUGGCAACGAAAUUCAGCCGGCAACAAAGUUCCGAUAUCUGGCUGCACGGGCCGAAAUUCUUAUCUUUCAAUCAAACCGAUUGGCCGAAAUGCGACGACCUCGGACCAGUGGAGCAUACUGAACUCCGACAUUUUACCUUUCAUAUAACCAAAGGCGAAACCACACAACCUUUAAUCGAUGCUGAUAGGUUCUCAAGCUGGCGUCGAUUAUACUUGACGAUGGCGAUGGUAAUAUUGUUCGUAGAAAAACUAAAAUCCAAGAUAGAGAAGGAGCAAAUACCUACCGGCGUAUGUGGCAAGAUUAUCCAUAGAGCUAAGAGCGCGCUCAUAAAAGAGGUACAGCAGAGUGAAUAUCGGCAAGAAGUUAUCAACCUCAAAUGCG